UUAAAUUUAUUAAAGUAGUAAUAUUUAUUUAAGUUGUAAUGUGAAUUGAGGGUGCGCGUGAGGGUGACGUUUUUCUGUGAGACCGUUAGCAUCUUGAAAACAAACAAACAAACAAACAAAAAUUAACAGUAUUUAACGGGACAUUAGUAAAUAAUUGAGCGCCUUUUAUAAUAUCAGGACAUAAUGGAAGGUCAGUCCGGUUUGGGAAAUUUGGACGACCUUAUGCUGCAGUUAGCUUUAGACAUUCGAGAAUGUGACCAGAAGAUGGAUGACCUUACACAACAAAUUCAAAUUUGUGAAGCGGCCAUAGAAGAAAAGAAGAAAUUCUUUAAAGAAAUUCAGAAGGCCAUAAAGAAACUAGAGGAGCAAAUCGAGCAAAAACAAAACACAGUCAAAUGCUACAAAGAAAAUGUGAAAAGUCUUUGUAGAACAAGUGAUCAUCUAAUCCAGUAUGAGACGAUGCUGGAAGCUGAGCUUGAAAGAAUACAGGAAAGCUGUAAUCAAGAAAUGAAGCUGUUUAAGGAAAGAAUGGAAAACUACUGGAAAAUAUUUCAGCAGCAAAAAGAGGAGUAUUUGCAGAAUCCGCUAGCCGCAAAGCUCAUAAAGAGUCAGGCUCAGAUCGAAGAAAUUGAAGGGAGUAUCCGAGCUUUAGAAGAAGAAAUAAUAGCAAAAGAAAAAGAGUUAAAAGCUCUGCAAGAGGACAAUGACAAAUGUGACAGUGUUCAGGAACGUGCUGAAACAAACCAACAACCAGCACCGUUAUCUGAGAGUGAUGCUCAGUCUGAAGUUGCUGUAACAUCUCAAGAUCCUCAAGCACAGGGUACGAAAACUGAGCGAGAGGAUGUUCAAAUUGAGAUGGAUGAGAAGUCUUCGGAGAACAAUCAGGCCCAAGCAGAUGGUGGUGAUGAGUCAAAUUCAUCUGGAGUGGGUGUAAUUGGUAGCACCAUAUGGGCAAUCUCAGAAAUAAGAGACCAUAGUCAAGGAUCAGACCAGAAUGAAAAAGAACAACCAGCUGAAGUGGACAUGAAUAUGAACACCUCAUGUGUGUCUGACACAAUGGAGGACACGAUGGAGGCUGAGGAGCAGCAGGAAUGUGCAGAAGCUAAUGUGGAGGAGGGCGGUAACGCUGGAGCAGUGUGUCCCCCAUCAUCCCCCAUCCUCAUGAGGGCACUGGAUAUGCCACCUUUCAGUCUAAUUAGCAGUCCCAGUAAAUCUCAGGGUCACCAGGAAACACCAGCAUUCGUGUUCUCCAUGAACUCUGGACCUAACACACCUACAUUCUCUGGCUUCGACUGCAACGUUGAAGUGGGACAGAGCCUACAUGAGGAGUCACCUUUCACAUUCUCCAGCUCUUAUUUCAGCAAGAAAUCACCUGAAACAAAGCUUCCAGGAUUUCUGUUCGAUGAAUCAGAGGAGAGUCACGCAGAGGACGAAUUUGCUUUUUCUUUCAGCUCUAAGAGCCCUCAGCCCAGAGAGUCAGCAGGGACUGGAGACACUUUCCCUUUCUCCUUUAGCUUUGGAAAAUUUUAA